UCUCCAGCCCGGCUCUGCCCUGGCAUCCCUUGCCCCAGCCCUGACGGCUCUCUCUCCCAUUCAGUCUGGGCUCUAGGGAGACAUCUCAGCAGCGUCAGCAUGUCCCGGCCCAGCAGCAGAGCCAUUUACCUGCACCGGAAGGAGUACUUACAGAGCCUCGCCUUGGAGCCCGCCUAUCUGCAGCACAGAGUGGAGCACCUGAUGACGUGUAAGCUGGGGACUCAGAGAGUCCAGGAACCCAAGGAUGCCCUGCAGAAGCUGCAAGAGUUGGAUGCUCAGGGCCGGGUGUGGAGUCAGGACUUGCUUCUGCAGGUCAGGGAUGGCUGGCUUCAGCUGCUGGACAUCGAGACAAAGGAGGACCUGGAGUCUUACCGCCUGGAUAGCAUCCAGGUCAUGGAUGUGGCACUCAACACCUGCUCCUACAACUCUGUCCUGUCCAUCACCGUGCAGGAUUCAGGCCUGCGAGGCACGAGCACUCUGCUCUUCCAGUGCCAGGAAGUGGGGGCAGAGCGACUGCAGACCAGCCUGCAGAAGGCUCUGGAGGAGGAACUAGAGCAAAGCAGACCACAAUUUGGAGCCCUUCGCCCAGGCCAGGCCAGAUGGAGGGAGCCUCCUCUGGAAAGGCCACUCCCUAAGGAGCAGGUACCCACUCCAGAGCAGGUGCCCCUUCCAGAACGGCCCUACUGGAUGACCCCAGAGCACAGCAUCCCGCCAUCCCCAAAGCCCCUGCCACACCGCUCCAGCGGCAGAGAGCUCAGCGCCUUCACUCUGCCUCCUCUGAAGCGGUCCUCAUCCCCCGAGGACCCAGAAUCGGAUAAGGAGGUGCUGGACCAUCUCCUAAGGGAUAUCGAGCUAUUUGUGGGAAAGCUGAAGGAGGCCCAGUCAAAGACCAGUCGUAAGAAGAGACUGGGGAAAAAAAAGAAGAAGAAUCAGGCAGGGAUAACAGAGGCACAUUACAUCGACUGCUUCCAGAAGAUCAAGUACAGCUUCAACCUCCUGGGGAAUCUGGCCAUCAGGCUGCAGGAGACAAGUGCCCCUGAGUUCGUGCACAUCCUCUUCCAAAUUCUGAAUUCCAUCCUGGCCCAGUGCCCUGAACCUAACUUAGCAACCCAAGUGAUCUCGCCGCUCCUCACCACCAAAGCCAUUGAUCUGCUGCAGUCUUGUCUAAGCCCACCUGAGAGGAACCUCUGGAAGGGGCUGGGAGUGGCCUGGACCACCAGCCGGGCCAACUGGACAGGCAGUGAGCCCCUGCCCUACAAACCCACAUUCUAUGAUGGUUGGCAGCUUCCAGAACCUUCCUACCAGGCACAUUCGAGAUACCAGGACCCUGAUUCCCUCCGCCAUCCUGACUCUGACUCUGGGGGUGGCGGGAUGGGAAGCCCUAGGUUAGGGAGCACCUCACACUUUGCUCAAGAGGAGACAAACAACCAUGGCCCCGACCUUGUGCCAUCCAGACCCGGAUCUGUCAAGCCAACCCUGAAAAUGCAGGUCCUAUAUGAGUUUGAAGCUAGGAACCCACAGGAAUUGACUGUGGUCCAGGGAGAGGUGCUUGAGAUUCUGGACCAGAGCAAGCGGUGGUGGCUGGUGAAGAAUGAGAUGGGGCAGAGUGGCUACAUCCCCAGCAAUAUCCUGGAGCCCCUACAAUCGGGGACCCCCAGGAGCCAGAGCGAGUCACCCCUUCAGGCUCCAGUGCUUCGACUUAACUCAAGGCCUGAGGAGGUCACUGCCUGGCUGCAGGCAGAGAACUUCUCCACUGUCACGGUGAAGACCCUCGGGUCCCUGAUGGGGAGCCAGCUGCUUCACAUGAGACCCGGGGAGCUACAGAUGCUGUGUCCACAGGAGGCCCCACGGGUCCUGGCACGGUUGGAGGCUGUCAGAAGGACGCUGGGGAUGAGCCCUUAAGCACCACCUCAGGCACCUCAAAGACCAAGGCUCUCUCACAAGCAAGAUGGUGGAUCUGAUACUCUUUAGAGCUCUACGAAUUCCUCUUUCAGGUCCCCAGGUUGCAGCAAACCCCAUACUCCAGCUCAUACAGCAAAGAGGAUGAGAGCCUAGAUGUUGAGACAAAUGGUGCCCCUUCUCAUUGUUGAGAGCUCUCUCCAGUUACCACCUAUUUAUUGCAUCUUUUUUCUGAGCCUGGAGCACUUAUGCCUAGAUUUGUCAGGAUUCUGUUUAGUCCCUCUC